GGCUUACAAAGAGAGAUAGCAUCAGGUGUAAUACCAGACCCUGGUUCAUUGAAGGCAAAUGGGACAACAUUGCUUGAUGUUCCAGUUAAGGUUGCUCACAGCAUAUUAGUGAACUUGAUUAGGGACAUUGGUAGGGAUUGGGACAUUGAUUACCAAUUGGACCUUGGCUUAGUCAUUGAUAUUCCUUGUGUUGGUAACAUCACCAUUCCUGUUUCUCAGAAGGGAGAGAUUAAGCUUCCAACCCUCAAGGACAUGUUUACUGGUGGCUCUAAGAAUACUGAUCCUGCUCCUGCUCCUGCUACUACCUAAUAACCUACCCUUUAAUUAUUGUUAUUAUUAAAAUUAGAAUAAGCAAAGAAGAAACUAAAUAUAUAUAGUCUCCUUUAUAUUAUAUAUCAUAUUUUCUGUUUAUAUCAAUUUCAAUAAUCCUGUAUUUUUCUUUCUACACUUUGUUGGUUGUAUAAGAAAUGUUGUAGUUCAUAAACUAUAUAUAUGUAUGGUUAUUUAGUAUUUCAAAGCAUAAAUUUGAAAUUGAAACCAAGUGUGUUUACUAGGAAGCUUGGUUUAUGUCAA